AUGGGGCUGGAGGACCAAAAAGAAGAACGAGAAGUUCUAGACUCCAUUUUCCCGGAUGAAAUUACAGACAUCUCAGACACCUCUUUCCGGAUAUCAAUCACCCUCGACGUCCCCGACGACGGGCACGGCGAGGCGAGCGAACCUCCCACCAUCCUCCUCAAUGUUACCUAUCCAGAAGCCUAUCCAGAUGUGGCUCCCCAUCUGGACCUCACAUCCCCUCCAAAUGCACCCAAGCAUCCCCAAUUCGAUGUCUCAGUGGACAAGGCUCAGUUGUUAGAUGCUCUACAACCUACCAUAGAAGAUUCUCUCGGCAUGGCUAUGAUUUUUACAUUGGUGACCACAUUGAAGGACGCCGCCGAGGUAUUGAUAUCAGACAGAAUACGACAAGUAGAAGAAGUCAAGGAAAUUGAGCUACGGAAGAAAGAGGAGGAGGAGAACAGAAAAUUCCAUGGAACCCAGGUUACGAGGGAACGUUUUCUGGAAUGGCGGGAGAAGUUUCGCAAAGAGAUGGAGGAGAAGGAACGAAAGCAGAGGGAGGAAGAAGAGGCGGAUGAGAAAAAGAAGAAGGGCAUCAAGGUGGAAGAGAAGAAACUAACCGGCAGGCAGCUAUGGGAACGAGGUUUGGUCGGGAAGGUUGAUGAAGAAGACUUCGACGGGGACGAUGCUGUGGUCGGAGUGGAAAAACUCAAGGUUGACGCCUAA